AUGGCCACCACCGAGGAGGAAGAACCCUCCUACAUUGACUUCGAUACCUUCCUAGCCCCCGACUUCAACGCCAAAUCCUUCGCCAACUCCCUCGUCCUCUUAACCAACAACCCCAACGACCUCCCGCUCGACCUAUCCACGCCUCUAUCGAGGGUCCUCUUCGAUAUCCAGGAGAUCGACUCUCACAUCGACGUGCUGACGACGAGAUCAGCCAUCCCCCUACUCGAGUAUACACGCGAGCAAAACGAAGCUAGCAAACGCAUCAUCACAGAGCUAGAUUCCCACGUAAAGAGCUUGAACGAUAGCUACCGCCAGCUCGAGAAGGAGGUCAUCGACAGGCACGCCGAAGCCGAAGAGGUAAAGGUCGUCGCCACGCGCUUGUGGGAGACUCUUCGGCUAGGUCGUUCCGGAAGCACCAGCGGCAUUUCGUCUACUGCUGCAAAUAAAAAGGACGAUCACAAGGCGCUCAUGCGGUGUUCCCAUACAAUUUUACUACUCCGCGAAGUCAUGGAGCGAAACAAGCCGGGCGAGGAAGGUCACGGCCUCGACAAGGUAGAUGUCAUCCGCAGCUUGCGAGAAGCCGUCAUCGCGCCCAUAGAGCGAUCGGUCCGCGAAACGGCGGAGCGGAUCCUCCGAGACUUCAACAUUCCCGACUCCGCCACCUUCAACCAGGUCGACGAGGCAAAAUCCCGUCUUUUGUCGGCACUUUCUACCUUAUACCUCCUGUCGCCUAUGAACUGGGAAAAGCCUGAAAAAUGGACCCCGAAGUUCCUCCUCCAAUCUCUCGAAGCCUACCUGCGGUCUAGCCUCCAGACGAGCGCCACCACGUUGGGGCGGGCGCUAGGCCAGUUGCCGACUUUGGACCGAGCACUCGCCGAAGUUGCGGCCAAGUGCCAGAACAUACUCGCACUGGAGUUUGUGCUAGACACAACCAAGGCGCCUCCUCACCCACUGCUCCAGUUCCACCCUGCCAUUGCUAGCAAUACCACCACCACAACUACCACUGUCGCCUCCUCUCAGCAGAAGCAGCAGAACCUACUCCAGCCCUUACUAGCAUACCUGGAGACGGGGUCGCUGGCUUCGUAUUUCUGGAGGUCGCUGGCAGGCAGCAUGGUGACGCGGGUACAGGAGAUUUCGACCCGCGGCGGUGCUGUCACGAGGACGCUCAAGGCAAACAAGGCGAAUGUGGGCGAGGCGAUUCGGGAGUGCGUUAUUAAGGGAUCGAAGUUGCCCAGGGCACUAGCAACGUCUAAGCAUAGGAAGGGUGCGAAGCCCGAGGAGGGGAAGUGGGAGAGGGAGAUUGCCGUUAUGGUGGGGAGCGUGGUGAAUAAUUUGGGGAGGUGA